AUGUCUGAAACCAUCACCGUGUACGAUCAGAUCGAGAUCGAGGACUUUGUGUUCGACCCAACACAGCAGAUCUUCACGUACCCGUGUCCGUGCGGCGACCGGUUCCAGAUCGCCAUCGACGACAUGCUGGACGGCGAGGACAUUGCUGUGUGUCCGUCGUGCUCGCUUAUGGUGCGCAUCAUCUUCGACCAGGAGGACCUGGACGAAUCAGGAAACACAUGGGCGAAAUUGGCGUCCGCAAGGUUGUACGCUCUAGACUUUAAUGCCAAUUCCCGCUUAGUUCGCUCCGAAGUCACAACGCUUCCUGUAGUGUGCUCGUCGCCCGUCAUAAACGACAGCAGCCCGGUCACGAUCGUAGACACGGACCACGACGGGUUCCACGAGUCCUCGUGGAAGUCGCUCAUGCUCAAACAGAUCCGCGUGUUCACUUGGAACCGGCCCGACGGCGUGAUCAUCUUGAUUGCAGGCGGUCUGAACGGGUACUCGGGAGGGAACACCACCAGACCAUGGUACUGCCCAUUCUCGUACGGGGUUCCUGGCGGACCGGUGAUCACGUAA